AUGGACUUGGAGUAUCGGAAUCUGUUGGCACCGAAUGGGCCACAUUUGAUCCCCCACAGCGACUUUCGGUCCCCCAGACUCCCCCGGCCGCCUCCGGGCGUCGAGUUCAUGCAAAGAAGCCCCGAUUCAGGCGAGAUGGAGAAGACCCCGCCCGUCACAGGCAAACGCCGAGGUGGCAGCCGAAAGGCCUGUAAUGAGUGUAAGCAGCAGAAGCUACGAUGUGAUAUCGUACAAACCCCUGCAGCAGCAUGCUCGCGCUGUCGUCGACUAGGGAUUGAUUGCAAAGUUGAACAAUCAUUUAAGCGUAUUUCUAAAAGAAGGCGAAAUGCAGAAAUGGAAAAGGAGAUUGCAGAUCUACGUCGCCGCCUGACAACUAAUCCUGACCAAGAGCCAGAAGCCAAACACCAUACAGGCGAUGAAAUGUCGCAAUGCUCCGAGGAUGUGUUUCACCGUAGAGAAUCUUCUGCGGUAGACCGAUCGCGCCCAGUAUCGGUACCUGUGGAACCUCAUCCUUCUAUCUCAACACCCCUAACGAUGCAACGAUCUGGCUCCAUUCACUCACAGGACGAAAACACACCAUGGCGGCUAGAAGAUGUUACGCUCUCACGCGCUCGUGUGGCUAGACUUUUUGAGCAAUACUUCAACUACUACCACCCAUUUCUUCCUCUUCUCAAUCUACCAAAGCCACCUGAGGUUUACCUCAAUCGGUGUCCUUUGUUAGCGUGGACUAUUGUCUGCAUUGCUAGUCGACGCUCCCCAUCCGAUCCUGGGUUAUUAACUGCACUUUCGGGGCCAUUCAGCCGGCUGCUAUGGUCCACCAUCACUAGCGUCCCGCAGGAUUACCGAGUAGUCAAAUCCUUGUGUCUCCUGUGUACAUGGCCCUUGCCAACAACAAGUCAAAGAACAGAUGCAACAUUUAUGCUCAGUGGUCUAAUGAUGCAGAUCGCCAUGCAGUUGGGUUUACAUCGUCCGGUCCAACCUGAAGAGUUUACAACAUUCCAAAUGGAGGUUCAAGGAGAAGCACUCAAGGAUCGCUUGCAUACCUGGAUUCUUUGCAACAUAGUGGCUCAGAAUGUCGCUACUGGAUAUGGUCAACCAGCAAACACAAUAUACGAUUGGGCCCUUGAACCGACUUCUUUGAAAGAUGCCGAUUACCGACUGCCUUCUGACUUGUCUAUUCGGUUGCGUAUCGAAAAGUUCUGUGACCGUGUUACCAAAGCUCUCUACAGUAGCAAGCCUGAACCUGGGGAGUUUAUCAGCACAGAGAAGUUGGUCAUAGUCCAGAUUCUAGAGAGCGAGCUGAGAGAGAUGGAGGUUGAGUUUGGUCAAGAUAUUUCUGCGAUCAAUUUGAUCCAUCUACGUGCAGCCGAGCUACAUUUCAGAUAUUUUGUUUUUCUCGGAUCUAACGCCCGAAGUGAUGAUCUUACCAAACUAUUUAUCGCUACCACUUCAUUUUUGGAACGCGUACUAGAUCUAGAAACUGCUCCGGGUGAACUCAUCGGUCAUUCGACUAAUUAUAUACUCCAAAUGAUAGUGUCAGCCGCUUUCGCCCUUAUGAAACUUUUGAAGAGCAACUUCAACCGGCAUAUUGACUUCAAUCACGGCAAACUUCUGUUCAACGGCGCAAUCUCAGCUAUCCGCAGGAUUAGCGUUAUGGACCACGAUCGCCCCAUUCGUCUCGCUGAUAUCCUUGCACAGAUGUGGAACGCAACUGGGGCAGAACCAGUCGGGGAGGAUGAUCUUCAGCUCAAGGUCCGCUGUCGUAUGAGCAUGAGUCACGUCUACGACACUGUAUGGCGUUGGAGACAGCGUUUCCGCCCAGUCAAAAGUAUCGAAGAAAUGCAAGCUGCGGCGGCAGUGGCGAACCAAGACAUUAUGACAACAUCGGGCAACAUGGGUAGGCAGCAGGAUAGCUCCAUGGAAGACACCUCUUUGAUGAUGCCAGCCCAGUUUGAUGAAGGCGGGGCGUUUUUCAGCGAGGCUGGCUUCUCUGAAGUGUUUGACUCACUCAACUGGGUGUUCGAUGGCAUCCCUGAUUCUUUUGUUGCACCGCCUAUCUUGUAA